AUGCGUUUUUCCGCGUCCGCGGUCGCCACGGCGGCCUUGAUGGCUGGGGCAGCCAUUGCUGAGCCUCUUGCUACGAUCACGCCUUGCCCGGCGCUUACGACCUCGACCAUCCCUCCCAUCACAGUCACAGAGCAGUACCAGUCUGUGUCGACAUGUGCCCCGACCUCUGCGUGCUUCCGGGGAUCUUGUGUCACCAAGUACGCGCUUGAGACCUUCGCAUAUGUCAACACGGUCAUUCCUUGCGCCUGGGAUGGCGAGAGCGAGUCGACCACCACGGUCACUGCUACCCAACAGGAGGUCACUGUCUCUGUCUACCACACCACGAUCACCAAGACUGUCACCCCGACGGUCUCGGUGACCAAGAACGGCACAAUCUAUCUGGUUCCUUCGCCCACCCCGAUCGAGCUCACCAUUGGCAAGGAGUUCAAGGCGCCAUUCAACCACAUUGGUCCGCUUGCCAUCCCCGGCUAUGGUGGCAGCGGUCUCUGUGAGGAGUGCAAAGUCCAGGCAGACGGCAGCCGCUCGCAGGUUGUUGAUGUCGUUGAGUGCCGUGCUGGUCCCGGAGGCUCCAAGUGCAUGGGCUACGCCGAGACCUGGAUCUCGAAGCCUGCGCCAUCUGUGUCUUCCACCACUGUUGCGCCGGUCUCGACCAACUUCGUAGCCCCCAGCGCCGGCACGUACACCUUCACCUUCACCUUGACUGCCCCAUCCCGUGUCAUCACGGUCGACACCGAGACAAUCACCGUGGCGCCCAGCCCAUUCUUCGCCCAUGUUACUCGUGCCUGCCACCGCCCGCACCAGACUAUUGACUUCACGACCACCAUCACGAAGACAAUCUACUGGACCGUGCCAUGCAGCCGACAACCACCCAAGACAUCCAGCGCUGUUCCCUUCCCUACUGGUCACUUCCCGUGGUUCCCUAAGCCAACCGGUGCCAACAAUGCUGUCGGUGGCAACGGAGGCCAGGGCUUCGACUGGGCUGACUGGGGCAGCGACGAUGUCACCAACCCGACUGUCACACUGCCAGGUCAAUGGAACGACUGGGUUACCGAGACCAAGACUGUCACGGCCACCGUCACCUCCAACACUGACAACCCUAUUGGUGGCUCCAUUACCAGCUCGAGCUCGUCGGCCGCGGCCACUAGCUCCAGCUCCAGCUCUGCGGCAGCAGCGAGCAGCUCCAGCAGCUCCACCUCGUCGAGCAUCACCUCUGCGUUGACCACCACCACCUCGAACACUGCAACCGACAACCCCAUCGGUGGUUCCCUCACCAGCUCCAGCUCGUCGGCGGCGGCCACCAGCUCCUCUAGCUCCUCGUCCGCCGCCAGCUCCAGCUCUGCCUCCAGCUCCUCCAGCUCUGCCUCCAGCUCGUCCGCCGCCAGCUCCAGCUCUGCCUCCAGCUCGUCCGCCGCCAGCUCCAGCUCUGCCUCCAGCUCAUCCGCAGCGGCCACAAGCUCCAGCUCUAGCAGCACGGCAGCCAGCAGCUCUUCGUCCAGCACUACUGCGGCGGCCAGCUCCAGCUCUGCCUCCAGCUCUUCGGCGGCGGCUUCAAGCUCUAGCUCGACCAGCGCUGCCCAGUCUAGCUCUAGCUCUUCCACCUCGGCCGCGGCAUCCUCAAGCUCGUCGAGCACAUCUUCCGCUGCUUCCACCACUACCACUGUUGCUCCACCCGCCACCACCGGAUUCUACAUCACUUCCAACACCGGUGCCAAGUACCACAAGCGUGCUCUUGUCUACAUUGGUUUCGAGGGAGAUGAUGGUGUCUUGGUCACCGACAAGAGUGAGGCUGCCAUUUUCUACUUGGACACUGAUGGCUUCCUGCGAUCUGGUCUGCUCUUUGUGUUGGCCGACUUCAGCCAGCCAUACAUUGCCUUCCAGUUGAGCGACUCCCCGCCUGCCACCUUGUCCACCUGGACAAUCGGCUCAGAUGGCACCCUUACUGCCACUGCCGCCGGCGGCUUCUGUGUCUCCACUUCCAGCUUUGUCUUUAUCAUCUUCAGCCAACAGCCACCGUUCACUUGCACUGCUAUCACCUUGGUUGCUCAACCUGUCAAUGCUGCCACGUCCUCGACCACCAGCACCACUACCACUGAGGCUACAACCACCACUGAGGCUACGACUACAACUACCACUGCCGAGCCGACGACGACCUCGACCAUUGCUCCUUCUACCACUACAACGUCUGAAGAGACUACGAGCACUACCACGACUGAGGCCACCACCACUACUGAGUCCACCACGACCACUGCUGAGCCAACUACUACGACCACCGAGUCAACUACCAGCACCAGUGCGGCUCCUACGACUACUACCACGGAGGAAGCCACCACGACCACCACUACCGCUGACAUCUCUGCUGAUGUCGCAGCUGAGCCAACUCCGGCUGGACCCGUCCGCCGUGGUAUCCAAUACGGUGGUCGCCGCUACUACAAUCACCGCCGCUAG